AUUAAAUUAAAUAAACGGUAAAACAGUGUUUGAAUGCAUGACUGAUAGCGCCGUCUAUGGGUUGAAGUGGACGUCAUUUAUUGACUUCCGUUUCCUUUUGGUUUCGGUCUUUCAUUCACUCAAAAGAUCCCAAGACGUGUUGAGACACGAAAUAAUUGGUCGAAGAGAUGGCGAAAAUGAAUAAAUUGGUGACUUCUGCCCGAAGGAAGAACCGGAAGAAUCACUUCAACGCUCCGUCACAUAUCCGCCGACGGAUCAUGUCUUCGCCGCUCAGCAAAGAGUUGAGACAGAAGUAUGGCGUCAGGUCUAUACCCAUCAGGAAGGACGACGAGGUCCAGGUGGUGAGAGGUCACCAUAAGGGUCAACAGGUGGGCAAAGUGGUGCAGUGCUAUCGGGCAAAGUAUGUCAUUUACAUCGAGCGCAUCCAACGAGAGAAGGCCAACGGCGCCAGUGUUUACGUCGGUAUUCAUCCUUCAAAGGUGGUGAUCGUUAAGCUGAAGAUGGAUAAAGACCGCAAACGAAUCCUCGAGCGAAGAGCUAAAGGCAGACAAUUGGCCGACGGAAAGAUGAAAGGCAAACAUACAGAAGAAUCAGUCGCUAUGGAGACGUCUUAGAGCUGAUCCGCAGUUUUGACAUCAUUUGAAUUGUUUUUUGUCUAAAAUUAAUAAUAAAAGAAAUUAUUAACAAA